AUGCAGCUGCAAGACACCGCUGAUCAAAUCCCCAGGAGAACCUUUGUGAUUUCGACAUCGGUCCUCCUCGGCCUCGCGCUGGUGGCCGUCACCGCUCGAUUCCUCAUUCGAUUCCGCGUCCAACGACAGCUACCAAAUAUUGACGAUUGCUGCCUGACGCUGGCUUUUGCUCUACUCCUCAUCGGCUUCGGAUUCCUGCACGAACAGAUCCUCGACCGUAUGUAUCUCAUCGCCUCGUUGCAAAGACAAGCCGGAGAAAAAGUCAUUCCCGGUCCAGAAUGGAUGCAGCUCUCGUCGGAAUUUCACAAAUGGGUCACUAUUUGCUCAAUAAUAACGUGGUGUUCCAUCAUGAUGGUCAAAUUCAGCUUUCUGUUUUUCUUCAAGCGGCUGAUAGAUUCCAUUCUGCACUGGUGGAUCUACUGGAUCUUCGUCACCCUCUAUAACGUUGGGAACCUGGGCUAUGGAGUCGCAAUUUACUAUACUGGUUGUCCUUUUUUCUUUGACCCCAGAGGGCUACAGUGUGUCUUUGGGCCCUACAAAAAAUUGUUCGUGACGGAGUUGAUCGCUCAAAUGGUGUUGGAUAUCAUUGGGGACAUCUUGAUUCUCACAAUACCUAUCGCGGUGACCUGGACUGUCCGAGUCUCUUGGAAGCAAAAGAUCAUCCUGAUAUGCUCUCUCUGUUUGACCAUCAUCAUGGCGUCUAUUUCGAUCAUUCGCGUAUCCUUAUUUAUCUACCAGGGGGUGGUAGACGUCAUCUGGGGACUCUUUUGGCAGUUUCUCGCCGCCGAAGUGGGCGUCUUCCUGGCUGCAGCCGCUGCCUUUCGGUCUUUCUUCGUGACUCGCAAGAACAGCAAAAACACCACGCCGCCGUACUCCAUCAAACGUUUCGUCAAAAAGUCAAUUACGGGGACCUACCGUCCCAGAGGCCUGCAUUCCCUGCAUAGCUCUUCGUACAGGGAUUCCAGAAUUGAUUUAGAAGACAUGGCGAACGACAGUACCGACAUGAACGGGCCCUAUAACAGCCAUCGAGGCCAAGAUUCUCGAGCGGAAGUUCCUCGCGAACAAAACCCGGGAAUGAUGCCCCAAGACCGCAGACAUGCUCUACCUCUUUGUCCAAGUAGAGUUCGAACGAAGGAUUCAACUAAGAUGGGUGCUACCCAUAGUGUCAUAAGCAUGGACUAA